AUGGCUGCAAAGAUCGUCCGAGAAGGCUACUAUUGGCCGACGAUUGACCGCGACACCAAGGUGUUCGCAAAGGCGUGUGACAAUUGCCAACGCUUCGCGAACGUCCUGCAGCAAGCCCUGGAGAUGCUGACGCCGAUCUCAAGUCCUUGGCUUUUCGCUCAGUGGGGCGAGACGCCGUACGGCCUAGCUUUCGGGUCAGAAGCUAUCAUUCCCGUCGAGAUCGGCAUGCCAACACUUCGAGUUGAAAAUUUUGACGGACAGACCAACAGUGAAGCUUUCCUCCUGAAUCUUGACCUGCUCGAGGAGAAACGGUCUUACUCCCAACUCAAGCUAGCAGAAUACCAGAAUCGUAUGGCUCGGUACUACAAUACCAGGGAAAGAGUCCGAACGUUCAAGCCUGGAGACCUCAACCUCAAGAAAGUGAUGCAGCAUGUCGAAGCCCUCGAGCCGAAUUGGGAAGGCCCCUACAGAGUCUUGAAAGUAGUUCGCCCCAGAGCUUAUCUACUGUCCGACCUCAAUGGGAGACAACUCCCCCACCCAUGGAACGCUGAACCUUUACGAGUCUAUUAUCAGUAA